AUGGGUGGGCCUUCAAACCCAGUUUCUGAAGUCGACUCUCCGCCAGUCGCACCACCACUACCGCACAUGGGUUAUGAUAACCCAAUCCCUUCUUACGCUGGUCCAGCGGCAUAUAACCCGUUUGAGCAGCCAGCUUAUUCGGGUUACAACUACUACAAUACCCCUAAUGUUGACCCGUAUAACGAGGCAGCCAACUACAAUGCUCUUCAUCCUGAGGGACCCUUUCAAGCUGCGUACCCAACUGGGUACCCAGCAUAUGGGUAUCAAUGCCCGCCACCUCCUCAACCUCCGCAGCAACAGCCGCCGCAGCCACCACAGAUCCAACCACCACAGCAGCAGGAAAUCCUUCAGCGGUUGCACGAGGUGGAACAGCAGCAAUCAAGCUACGUGGCUGAAUCAGAUGAGGUUAAUAGUCACCCUAGGGAAAGGAAUGAUACCACCAAAAUCAAUGUGGCUGGUGCGGAUUUGCAAGCAAUGAUAGAUAAUGCUGUCACCCGAGCUAUAGACAGACAAUUCAAAGAAUCAAGUGGUACUCGUAGCAGGACCCUAUCUGCACCUCAUACAAAACCACCCUCCAAGUCACACGCAUCUCAUAAGGAUGAUUCUCAUCAAUCAUCAAACCAAAUGAGUGUCCCGUCUAAGAAGGUUGUGCUCAAUCAAGAGCCACGUGUUAGACCUGUUCUUAUAAAUAUUUUGUCUCCUGCAAGCCCAGGGACUUCACAGGGGAAAAAGGAGCCAUUGAUUGUAUGA